AUGCGUCGGCUUCUCUGUGUGCAUGUAUUCCUAUGCUGCUUCAGUAUGGCUCAUCCCUUCUGUCCAUCCCAGUGCACCUGUGUAUUCCAUGGACGUACUGAUGGAACUGGAACAAGAUCUGUGCUCUGCAAUGAUCCAGACAUGUCUGAUAUUCCUGUCAACGUCCCUGUGGACACAGUCAAACUUCGUAUUGAGAAAACAGCAGUGCGGCGAAUCCCAACAGAAGCUUUUUACUACUUGGUGGACCUGCGCUUUUUAUGGAUUACUUACAAUUCAAUAACCUCAGUGGAUACUGCAAGCUUCUACAAUCUCAAAGUGCUCCAUGAGCUCAGGCUGGAUGGAAAUAUGAUAUCUAUGUUCCCUUGGGAGUCUCUGAAAGAGAUGCCCAAGCUGAGGACUCUGGAUCUACACAACAACCGACUUACCAAUAUUCCCAUAGAGGCAAUUCCCCACCUCCUCAAUAUUACAUACUUGGAUCUAUCUAGCAACAAAUUAACCACUCUGCCCUCUGAACUCAUGGAUAUCUGGCCCCCAUUCAAUGGAGCACCCGUCUCAACUAAUGCAUCUCAGAAAGUAGUAUUAGGGCUCCAAGAUAAUCCCUGGUUCUGUGACUGUAAAAUCUCCAAGAUGAUUGAGAUUUCUAAAAUGGCUGACACCCCAGUGGUUUUGAUGGACUUAUUCCUGACCUGCAGUGGACCAGAGAACCUGGCAGGAGUUCUUUUUCAGCGUGCUGAAUUAGACAACUGUGUGAAACCAUCAGUCAUGACUUCAGCAACCAAGAUCACAUCUCCUUUGGGCAGUAAUGUUCUCCUGCGUUGCGAUGCCACAGGGUUUCCAACACCAUCUCUUACCUGGAUUAAGUCAGAUGGUUCAACGGUAAACAGCACAGUCCAGGAGUCACCUGGGGAUGGUGUCAGAUGGUCCAUCAUGAGCUUGACCGGAAUAUUAUCCAAAGAUGCAGGGAACUACAGCUGCAAAGCUAAGAAUGUUGCUGGGAAUGCAGAAGCCACCAUCUCUCUCUCGGUUGCUGGGGCUAUCAGUACCACCAUCCCUCCAGUGAGUCCUAGCAAUGGUACUGGACCAACUAGCCAAGGCACAACACUGGUUCCCCCAACAGCCAAUCCAAACUUGUCUGCCAUAACACUCACAGCUGCCCCAAGAACAUCAACUACAAUAUCUGCUGUUCCCAAGUGGCAGAAAACUACUCCCAGUAAUAUUGUACAGAAGGACUCACAACAACAAGAAGAAAUCCAGCAAGGGAGCAAAGGGAAAAAGCUUACAGCAGAGGCCAUCAAAGACGUAAAGAUUGUAGAGGAAACAUCAGACAGUGCUGUGUUGCUCUGGACGGCUGAUGGAUUACCAAAUGAUGCUUCUCUCACAGUCGUGUAUUCACCUUAUGGGGAGGAUGACGCCAAGCGAACACUGGAGACCAAAGCUGGCAGUGGUAAAGUACUUCUUGAGGGAUUAUCAUCUGGUAUGCGGUACUCUGUUUGCCUCGUUGUCAAAGGAAGUACCGCAGGAAGAGAUCCUUGCAUUGACUUCUACACGUCAUAUGGCGCAGAUGACAGUGGGCAGAACCAGCUUUUUAUCAUCAUAAGUGGGAUUGCCUGUGCUCUGGUUUUGCCUCUGAUUGCACUGUUGCUCUACAAGAUUCUUGCUCUUUACUGCAAGGGGAGCAACCCAGAAGUGGAUGAAGAGGAACUUGAAAAAGAGAGUUAUGUGAAGUUUGAGACAAUUUCUAUGAAACAACGAACUAUGAAUUCUCAUCCGACUGAACUUUGGGCAAGAAGACAGACUAACGAAUCAGAACGAAUGCUCCUUUGCUCUAGGUCAAGCAUUGAUUCCCAGAUGACAUAUAAAAGUGACAGUUCCAGAUCAGAGUAUCUCUGCUGA